GUGGAGAGAGCCCACCUCUUGCAACAUGUUCUGCAAAGCAUGGCGGAACUUGCGUUAGGGGUCGUGUCACUGACCUUUCAGGUUGUUUCGCUAGUCAACUCUGUCAUUGAUAGCUUUGAUCGCAUCCAGAAUGCCCCACAGGAGCUGCGAGACUUUCGCCAGGGCGUCGUGCGUCUGCAGCGGCACUUCGAGUUCCUCGGCGCAGACGUGUCCGGCGUGCCGGAUCUUGGCUUCCUACACGUCGACGAUGCCACGACUAUCGAGGAGACCCUCACUCUGUGCAAGGACCUUCUGCAGCAGCAGGUCAACCGCCAGGAGGGUAUGGUGACCAAGGUUGUUCGUGGCGUCUGGACCCUUCGGAACAGUCAAAAACUCGUCAAGUACAAGAACCAGAUCAAUGAUCACUAUACACAGAUAAUACUACCCAGCUGGCUGCGAUGGAUAAGUGCGAGGAACUACUACCAACCACCACAACAAGAGUACUUCGAUCCGACUGUGGAGGUGGAACCGGACGAUCGCAGCUCCUUGAUGUCUGCACAGCAGUUGCAGAGCAUGUCUCAGAGUCUUGAUGAGCUUACAGCCGCCUACAGCAGGGAAGAGAUUGAACACCGGCUGUUUGAGAUCGACAACCAAGUACGAGCAUGGCGGGUUGAGCUCGGUCUUGACGAUGGGGCAGAGGACGACGACUAUCUAUUCCUCAGACGCCCAUCCACCUUGAGUUACGAAUAUGCACCAACCACCCUAUACUUAGAAAGUGCUCCCCCACAACACCGAAAAAUCCGACUUGAAAGACUCCAUAUCAUGGCUCGAGACGACGAGUCCCGCAUCCUACAGUACCAGGACCACGACGCGACCAUACACGUCACGCACAUCGUGCCCUUCGGGUCUAUCCCCUGGACGCCAGAACUAUCCUCGAAGCGAGUUUCCUUCCUCAAAGACCACUUAAUCACCGUCGUCGAUGGUGAAGGUUAUCAUCUCUACCGAUUACAUCCCAAGUAUAAGUUCCACGACCAAGACGCCUGCGAGAAAUUUCAGUCGACGCUCCGAGAGAGAGAUUUUUGCGGGGCGUACGAGCCCGUCGAGAUCAAGAUGGGCAGUCGGAGUCUCCGGACAGUGGCUCGGAGGCAACUGAUACGGUUCUGGCACAGAUCUGGACAACAGAAUGUCCCCACGACCAACACCAUGACCUUUUACAAAUCUUCGGGCAGCCAAACAGGGUGCCAUGAGGAACUCAACCUGGCAGAUUUUGAGCCUAUAAAUAUGCUCCCCAGGCGCCGCAGUCUCUCUGGUUUCGGAAAGAAGCCCGCGGAGUCCAGCCUGGUUGAAUUAUACCCCUACAACCCAAACUCGAAGCGCCUGAAUAUCAAGUUUGAAACUCCCGAAGAAGCGGCAGAAUUCAAACAGCGCUUUGACUCGAUACAAAGAGGAACAUAUCCUCCACCUCCGCCGAUACGGAGUGAGUCCAGAAAUACAGGGUCAUCGCUAGCCCCUACCCCAUCUCUUACAACCUCUCUAACUAGUCCAACCCCUUCAACCGCACCCAGUAUUACCAUGGAUAUAGACCCGUAUGACGAAGCAAACUCGUGGGGAGCCGCGUUUGUACAUUUCAGGCCCCAGUCCUAG